AUGGGGAGCAGUGCCUUUGCCCUGGUCCUCACCCUGGCCUUGGCGGGAUGCGUCACCUCUGCGGAGAGGAAGGGACGGGAAUGGUGUCAGCUUAGCGGGCUGUGGAGGAAUGAGCAGGACUCGCUGAUGGAGAUUUCGGCGGUGAGGGACGACGGGGACUUCCAGGGGAAAUACCUCACGUGGGUCACCCUCGCCGGUGGCUGCGCCCGCACCUCCCCCCUGAUGGGCACCCAGCAGCAGCCCGGCGAGGGGGGCUGGCCCACCUUUGCCUUCACCGUGCGCUGGGACAAGUUCUCCAACGCCACCACCGCCUUCGCGGGGCAGUGCUUCGUGGACACAGCUGGGAAGGAGACGCUGACCACCAUGUGGCUGCGGGGUGACGCUGGGUCCCUCGAGGAGGACUGGAAAGCUACAAGGGUGGGCAGAAACGUCUUCACGCGCAAACGCACCCCGAAAGGAAAGAUUCUACCGAGCUUGUCCCCAUCCUGUGAGGAUGUGCCGUUGCCCACCCCAUGA